UUCAAGUUGAACGUUGAACAUUCAUGUCGCCCUCUUAGUCUGGUUAGUCCUGUACCGGUGUCCCCGAACGCCACAAUCUUUUGGAUGGACCAUGUGCCACCAUCAGCAUCUACAGAAGGUCUCAGAAAUAUUCACCGUGAUAUUUUCGACCGAUCCCGUAGUACCAACCACGGACAUAUUCGGAGAGCUCUGUUGCUUAUCGGCUUAUCUAGAGGAUAUCCAGCGCAUGGAGUCUACAAGCUCCUAUCUGCAUUGGAGCGUGCCAAGCGCUCCGGGCCAUGGAUAUUUACAUGCUGAUUCCCGGCAUUGUGAAUAGCUGAUAAUCAGAUAUUCAAGGGCUGGUGCCAGUGCUAUUCGAUCUGAUAUACGUUCUGCCAUUGCGCUGCACACACGUCGUAUCAUCGUAUCAUUCCCCAAAAGUUCGCACCAUUGUGGUACGUUGUGACGAUGCAGUACGGCUUGUCACACAUGGAAUCAAGAAGCAUACGGAUUCAUCAAGUUGGGGCCAUGGUGCCUUUUAAUUGCAACUGCAUGGGAUGCGACAACGUUGGUGAUCAUCGUUUGCUUACUUCGCGUUCUAGCCGAUCGAACAUCGUGACAUGGUGAAGUAUUUGGAAAGUCUGC